AUGCGUCAAGUAUCGAGUAUCCAGAGAUUACUUCGUAGAUCCAAUGCAAAUGACCAAAGUACCACUCGUGGCUGGUUCGUGGUAGUAUUUGGAGAGCCAGGCGUAGGCAAAACGUGCUUCACUGACAUGUUUCUAAAGGGCGAGCACUUCCAACUCUACGUGCCUAGCGCUCAACCCGAAAGCAAGUUCAUCCAGGUCGGCAAUGUCAGACAAUGCAUAUUCCCCAUCGACCUGAGCACCAGCGUGUACAGAGAUCCCCAGCACGGCGUACACUCCAAUAUCUUCUUCGAGAGCUUCAUUAAGAAGGCGGGUGGGUUUGUCUUGCUGUAUGACAUCACCGACAAGGCUACAUUUGACUACAUUACCACCAAAGGCUAUUCUCGUAUCGUUUUGUCCCGUGAUACUGAGGAUGAGUAUGGUGUGCCGUAUGGGUCUGGGACGCAGCGGUUCGGAUGUGUGCUUGUGGGGACGAAGCUUGAUCUUGCUGCCAACAAGCGGCAGGUUGAUCGAGCGCUCGCGGAGCAGUGGGCAGAAACUCAAGGAAUCGCUUUUUAUGAGGUGGACAAGUAUCAGAGAGAUGCGAUUGAUGCUAUCAUGGUGGACGUGGCGCUUUCUUCGGGCGAGGCCGAGAAACGAGAUGCAGAAGAUGCGGCAGAAGCAACAGAAGCAACAGGCGCCGUGAAGCCAUCAAAAUCGAGAGGCAUCUCGAAAGUGGUUCAUAUGUUUCGAAAAAAAGGCCAAAAUACAUAA